AGUUAGGUAGCCAGGCAUUGGCAUGCAAGGUAGACACCCUGAGGCAUUCUGAACUCCUGGUAUUCAUCUGUUCAGUAUUUAUACCCUCCUGAAUUUGAAUAUUCGAUGAAGAUAAUCUGCAAGUGUUCGCUGCUGCUUCUCUCAGAGGAUCUUGAAGGGAAGCAGUUGGAUGGGAAGAAGUUUUGAAGGCCUUGUCUCACUCUGAAACGGGUUUGUCCCUAUUCCUCUGAGGGAAUAUAAGGAAAAGGUGUUGUUUUAUGCCUGAUUUUUUGGUAUGAAAACAAGUGACCAGCUUGGUCUCAGCUGUAUUAGGAUAGAAAGCUCCCAUGGCGACUGCCCAGUAGUGAGCAGCAAAUGUGUACUUAGCCUCUAAGGAGAUUAUUUAACACAGUUCCAAUUUUGUUUAUUAUUAUUUUAUUAUUUCUGCAUUUGCUUGUCGGGAGUGGAUUUGCAGCUGUACCCUCGGAACGCAGGCAGUGUCUGAUUUUGUGGGGAGCCACAGCAGCAGGAGUCCUGGGCGGCUCUGCGGGAGCACGGCGAUGGCAGAAGUGUGGAAUUAGGAGUCUCUGCUGUCCGCAGAGGCAGAUCAGAGGUGGAGAGAAAAGGGGAGGGCAAGGACGGCAACCACUAAAACCCUUCCCCAAAUGGAUGAAUGAAUGGGUGACACACAUAAAUGACUGCUGUGAUGAUCUGACUUACUGUAGCUCGGUCUCGGGAUAAUCCUCAUAUGUCAGAUUUCUGUAAGGCCAACAUGUGACACAAAGCCGGGCUCCCAGCAGACAAGUGUGCUGUGCUGGUAUUAGGGGCUGAGCUUGGAGCCCGUGGCCCUGUGGGGUGUGCCCGCUCCCCUCCCUGCGCCUGCUGGGGCGGCAUCAGAGGCAAACUGCGACCCCAGCAACUCUUGGCUGUUGCGUAGACGGCCCAAGCCUGCCCGUGUGGCUGUACCUUUUGGAGAAAAGAGGAGGGAGGGGGGAAAAGCCAGACGCAAGAAACGGGAAAGCCCCCAAAGACUUGUAGCUGGGAUUACCUUGUUCACACCUGUCACCACUGAUGUCCUGUCAAGGUCAGAAUCGGAGCUACGUGAGGCCAGCUUAAAGCGAACGCCAUGUGAAAGGAGCUCUAUGAAGGAACAGCAGGCACUGGAAGGAGGACUGGAGUGCCCACAGGAACAUGAACAACAGCUUGCAAGUUAACCUGCCCAGGACUUGGGCUGGUUCAAACAGCUCGCUCCAGGAGAAGUCUGAGCAUUCCUUUUUUCUUUUCUAUUACUAUAGGAUGGAGGACGAGGCAGUACUGGAUAGAGGGGCUUCCUUCCUUAAGCAUGUAUGUGAUGAAGAAGAAGUGGAAGGUCACCACACGAUUUACAUCGGGGUCCACGUGCCGAAGAGCUACAGGCGCAGGAGGCGUCACCGGAGAAGAGCUGGGCACAAAGAAAAGAAAGAAAAGGAGAAAAUCUCGGAGAACUACUCGGACAAAUCAGACGUAGAAAACGCUGAUGAGACAAGCAGCAGCAUCCUUAAACCACUCAUCUCCCCCGCCGCCGAGCGCAUCCGCUUCAUCCUCGGAGAGGAAGAUGACAGCCCCGCGCCCCCGCAGCUCUUCACCGAGCUGGACGAGCUUCUGGCUGUCGAUGGACAGGAGAUGGAGUGGAAGGAGACUGCAAGGUGGAUCAAGUUUGAGGAGAAGGUAGAGCAGGGUGGGGAGCGAUGGAGCAAACCGCACGUGGCCACCUUGUCUCUGCACAGCCUGUUCGAGCUGAGGACCUGCAUAGAGAAGGGCUCCAUCAUGCUGGAUAUGGAGGCCUCUUCCCUCCCACAGGUGGUGGAGAUGAUCGUUGACAAUCAGAUCGAGACGGGGCUGCUGAAACCCGACCUGAAGGACAAGGUCACCUACACGCUGCUCAGGAAGCACCGGCACCAGACCAAGAAAUCCAACCUGCGCUCGCUGGCUGACAUUGGAAAGACCGUCUCCAGUGCAAGUAGGAUGUUUUCCAACCCCGAUAAUGCACGCAGCCCGCUGGAGAGCUCCGUGCCCUGCCUGGCCACGCGCACGCUGGACGAUGAACUGGGAGUGCAGCGCAGCCCCAGCGUGGGAUGGCUCAGCAGCCCGGCCAUGGCUCACCGAAACCUGACUUCCACCAGCCUCAACGACAUCUCGGACAAGCCUGAGAAGGACCAGCUGAAGAAUAAAUUCAUGAAGAAGUUGCCCCGUGACGCUGAGGCCUCCAACGUGCUGGUGGGGGAGGUGGAUUUCCUGGAGAGCCCCUUCAUUGCCUUCGUGCGGCUGCAGCAGGCGGUCAUGCUGGGAGCUCUCACCGAGGUCCCCGUUCCCACACGAUUUCUCUUCAUUCUGCUGGGACCAAAGGGCAAAGCCAAGUCCUAUCAUGAGAUCGGCCGAGCCAUUGCCACGCUGAUGUCGGAUGAGGUAUUCCAUGACAUUGCCUAUAAAGCCAAGGACCGUCAGGACCUGAUCGCAGGCAUCGAUGAAUUUCUGGAUGAAGUCAUUGUGCUCCCCCCUGGGGAAUGGGAUCCAGCCAUUAGGAUAGAGCCCCCCAAGUCUCUCCCUUCUUCAGAUAAGAGGAAGAACAUGUACUCGGGUGGGGAGAACGUGCAGAUGAACGGCGACACGCCCCACGACGGCGGCCACGGCGGCGGCGGCCACGGCGACUGCGAGGAGCUGCAGCGCACGGGCAGAUUCUGCGGGGGCUUGAUCAAAGACAUCAAGAGGAAAGCACCGUUCUUCGCCAGCGACUUCUACGACGCUUUGAACAUCCAGGCCCUCUCAGCCAUCCUCUUCAUCUACCUGGCCACUGUCACCAAUGCCAUCACUUUCGGGGGAUUGCUUGGGGAUGCUACGGAGAACAUGCAGGGCGUGUUGGAGAGCUUCCUGGGCACCGCUGUCACCGGCGCCGUGUUUUGCCUUCUGGCUGGCCAGCCCCUCACCAUUCUGAGCAGCACGGGACCCGUCCUGGUCUUCGAGAGGCUCCUCUUCAAUUUCAGCAAGGACAAUGACUUUGACUACCUGGAGUUCCGCCUCUGGAUCGGCCUCUGGUCAGCCUUCCAGUGUCUCAUUCUCGUGGCCACCGACGCCAGCUUCCUGGUCAAGUACUUCACCCGCUUCACCGAAGAAGGGUUUUCCUCCCUGAUCAGCUUCAUCUUCAUUUAUGAUGCUUUCAAGAAGAUGAUCAAGCUGGCAGAUCAUUAUCCCAUCAACUCCCAGUUCAAGGUGGACUAUAUCACUCAUUACUCUUGUGCCUGUAAACCACUAGAUCCAGUUAAUAGCUCAUUACUUAACAGGACAAUGGUGCUGUCAGACUAUGAGCUGGUCUCUCCCUCCUCUGAGCUGGCCAACACCACCAUUGACUGGGCAGCUCUGACAGCCAAGGACUGCUUGAAGUAUGGGGGUCAGCUUGUGGGCAACAACUGUGACUAUGUCCCUGACAUCACCCUCAUGUCUUUCAUCCUCUUCUUUGGCACUUACACCUGCUCCAUGGCCCUGAAGAAAUUCAAGACCAGUCGCUACUUUCCCACCACUGCCCGGAAGCUCAUCAGUGACUUUGCCAUUAUCCUGUCCAUCUUGAUCUUCUGUGGAAUAGAUGCCCUGGUUGGUGUGGACACACCAAAACUAAUUGUGCCAAGCGAAUUCAAGCCAACCAGUCCCGAGAGGGGUUGGUUCAUCCCACCUUUUGGAGGGAACCCCUGGUGGGUGUACCUGGCAGCAGCCAUCCCUGCCCUGCUGGUGACCAUCCUCAUCUUCAUGGACCAGCAGAUCACCGCCGUCAUCGUCAACAGGAAGGAGCACAAGCUCAAGAAAGGUGCUGGAUAUCAUCUGGAUUUGUUCUGGGUGGCCAUUCUGAUGAUUGUCUGCUCCUUUAUGGGGCUGCCCUGGUACGUGGCUGCUACCGUCAUCUCCAUCGCUCACAUUGACAGCCUGAAGAUGGAGACGGAGACUUCAGCCCCUGGAGAGCAGCCCAAGUUUUUGGGAGUGAGGGAGCAGAGAGUCACUGGUGUCAUCGUUUUCAUCCUCACCGGGGUGUCUGUCUUCAUGGCUCCCAUCCUGAAGUUCAUUCCCAUGCCCGUGCUCUACGGUGUCUUCCUCUACAUGGGAGUCGCAUCCCUCAACGGCGUGCAGUUCAUGGAUCGGCUGAAGCUGCUCUUGAUGCCUCUAAAACACCAGCCUGACUUCAUCUACCUGCGCCACGUCCCGCUGCGCAGGGUCCACCUCUUCACCUUCCUGCAGGUGGUGUGCCUGGCCCUCCUCUGGAUCCUCAAAUCCACCGUGGCUGCUAUCAUAUUCCCUGUCAUGAUCUUGGCCCUGGUGGCAGUCAGAAAAGCCAUGGACUACCUCUUUUCCCAGCAUGACUUAAGCUUUCUUGACGACGUCAUUCCAGAAAAGGACAAGAAGAAGAAAGAGGAUGAGAAGAAGAAGAAAAAGAAGAAGGGCAGUAUGGACAGUGACAAUGAUGAUUCUGACUGCCCCUACUCAGAAAAAGUCCCAAGUAUUAAAAUUCCAAUGGACAUCAUGGAGCAGGAGCCUUUCCUAAGUGAUAGCAAACCUGCUGACAGAGAGAAAUCACCAACAUUCCUCGAACGCCACACGUCGUGCUGAUACGAUUCCCUUCCUUCAACCACACGCCAUGCCAAGCCCUCCACGAACUCCAGUAAAAGUUGUGCCUCAAAUUAGAAUAGAACUUGAGCCUGAAGACAAUGGUUAUUUCUGGAGGAGCAAGGGAACAGAAACUACUUUGUAAUUUGUCUGUCUGUCCGAUCUUUUACGAAUUCAUUUUGUCACUAGCCAAAUGUUAAGAAGCUCCCUGCUCCCGGUGCGAAGGUAACCGAGCCCCCCUCCCUCUGCCCCUCCCUGCCCACGCCCCCGGGCUCUCCGGGACUCGGCUGCCUCCUGCUCGGCCAGGGCAGGAGCGCUCCGGACUCACCUCGGCCUGCGGGAACGCCAGGGGCUCUGCCCCAGCCGGGCAGAACAGAGCUGACCUCCGGGCUGAGCCGCGUCUGCUCCCGAGAUGCUGGAACGUGCUGCUACCCCUCACCUGCUCCCUCCUGUAGAUACAAGAGAAGGUACUUCACUCCCAGCACAGACAGACCAUUGCCAUCGCUGUAGCAUGUUUGGAAGUGUCCCUUUCCUAUGCAAUUUUUUUUAAAGAAACACUUUAAUGGACUUAAUCCGUCAGGUACAUGGAAGAGUGUUAUUUUCCUAGAUUAUUUUGUUUAAAUUAUGGGGGCCUAACCUGCGACUUUUUUUUUUUUUUGACAAUUUUUUUAACCUUUUUUUAAUUACUGUAAAGAAAAAUGAAUUUUUUUCCUGCAGCAGGAAACAUAUAGUUAUGAGUAGUUCUACCUCUUAUUUCUAGAUGCCAGGCUUUCUGUAAAAAAUGUAUUGUACCGUAUACAAUGUGAUUUUUACAAAAAAAAAACAACCCCACGACAUCACACCACAAUCUCCAGGACGUGGCGUAGGGCCGGAUCGGUUCCAUUAACACCUUCUGCUCCGAAGCAUCUCUUUUUCUUAGGGUUAAGUUGGGUUUUGGAGUUUUUUUUAAUGAGCAAUCCCUGCUGUGAAAGAGACUGAAAUCUCUUGUGGUCUUAGAAGAGCCUAAAUGGACAGCUGCUGGUCAUGUCCCUGCUGUCGAUUCCUGCCGUGGGAUGGCUCCACGAUUUUCUCGGCGCACUGGUGCGUGUGCAGUGAGAAGAGCCGAGGUGUGCCUCAGGCACGGUGCUCGAGGAGGAAGAUGAAGGUGGCCUGCUGGGAUGUUCAUCCUGACACUGGGAUUUGCCAACACCUGCAUCCUCCUGCAGGGCAGCCCUGUGUGCCACCACCUGCAGCGUGCUCCCUGCACCCCGGCCACUCGGCCCCACGCGGGCACUGCGGCAGCACUGAGCAGCCCGGGCGAGGGCAUCCCAGGAGCUUGGGGUGGAACCAGCGAGUGGACAUCACGGCAGGAGAGAGGCUUUUCUCUCUGCGGCACGUUCAUGCUGGUGUGUGCAUCUGAAGGCACGUUCGGGAAACUGGGCUUCACCGGGACGCGGGGAACACGCUCAAAGCUUCGUCCAAAAAUCAAAAAGCAGAACAAGAAGAACAAGUACCCCAGCUCUCGAGGCGAAUUCCCUGAUGGAGACAAUCCCAUCACAGAGGAUGGGCACGUGCUGCCGCUUGGUCCUUGUGAAACCAAAGUCUGGGUUGGUGAAGUGAAGAAGAUUUUCUGAUGGUGCUGAGACCUUAAAUGCCAAAUUUUAGCAUCUGCUCCCACACAGGAACCACCACCUCCUUACAGCCCCUGCUCCCUCUCGAGGGGUCUCCCCUUCAGUUUCCAUGAAAUUUGUGUUGGGUAUCCCAGGAACCCGGCUGAAACCUGCUGGGGAGACCUGGGAAAGGCCUGAAGAGGAGCAGCUCUGGGAUCCCUUCUGCUGCUGGAGGACAGGUACUUGGGAAGUGUGGUGCCAGCUUUAGCCAAUGCUCUCCAUCCUUGGUGGACACCAGUCCUGGCACCCAGUGGGGACCCGGGCUGGAGCCUUGCCUGUGGAGCACACAGGAGCUGCGUGUGGGAUUGCUGCACAUCCUGCCCAGACCGUGGGUGUGCAGCAAUCCCAGAGGAGAGGUGCCAGCAGGGGAUCACAGGGGCUGUCCCGGUCACUUCCACGAGCACAGCUUCCAGCUGCUGGUGCCUGGUGACCUGUCUCCCCAAAAACGAGCUCUUCGCUUCUGGACCCUGUUAGAUACACUUGGAGUGUCCUGACUGCUGUUCUAGAUCUUUCUCUGUGUUGUGUUUCCUGUGUUGUGCUGAGGGCAGCGCUGCCGACGGGACGGAGGGUUCUGCGGCUUCGCGUGAGGAGCGCCCACCUCCGGCGGCAGGGAAAGGUUCCCUUGCCUUGGAGAGAACUAGAACGUCCCUUCAACCCGGAUUAGGUAUUGUGUCAGGAAUGAGGGUGGAGACUGACCCAAAGCCCUCCAAGGUCAGAGGCAGCCGUCAAAAAUGACCUUCCCCCAGCAAAUGCGGGGUCCCGGCUGGCGGUGGCACGCGCGGUGGCCACCGGGCACGGGCAGCUCUGUGCCAGCCCCGGCCCGCACCGCCCCUCCCGGGGCCGAUGCGCCUCCGUGUCCCUGUUGGAAUCGAGUCGCACUUUCAGAUACUUUUAUUCUUGUUCUUAGUUCUCCCAAGUCCGUGUUUUCUUUGGAGGAGGGAACAAGGACUUAGGAUGAAAUGAAGUGGAUCAGAUGGUGGAACUAAAAGGAAAAAAAAAAAAGCAGAAAACAUUUCAAACAUAUUAAAGUGAUUUUUUUUUCCAGUAAUAUAAAAAAUGAAAUUCCUUAUAACAUUAUAGUAUUUUACAGUUUUAUGAAGCUUUCUAUUGUGACUUUUAUGGAAUCAAAAGAUGAAGAUGAUGAGAUAUUUUAGCAUUUAUAUUUUUCAAAAUUAAAUAAAUGUAUACUGAAAAUAAAGUAACUUUAUGCAUUUA